AUGGGGUCUGCCGACUGCUCCCUGCCGCUCUCGACAUCCCCCGAGCUCGUCCUCGUUGUGCCUACGCCGGAAGAGCGGAUCGAGUGCCUAGGGAUAAACGGCCUGGCAUGGAAAGGCCCGCUGACGACGGAGCAGUACAUCAGCCGAGAGAACCACUUGAUGAACCAGAACAUGACUAAGGACGGAGCGUUGACCUGCUGGAUAUUGACAGAUCGGAACGCUCCGCCCGACUGCCGCCCCAUCCUUAGUAGCUGCGAAACCUUCGCAAAGCCCGCUUUCCUCGCGUAUAAUGGUAAAGUUGAGGAUAUCCUUUCACACGGUAUCGGGAGCGUGUUCUCUCGCCCUGAAUAUCGCGGACGGGGAUAUGCACGGCGGAUGAUUAUAGAGCUAGCUAAAACCCUCGAAACUUGGCAGAUGGAGAAUUCUCUUAGAGAAAGGUCCGUCUUUUCCGUGCUCUAUUCUGAUAUAGGCAAGAACUUUUAUGCUGCGUUGGGAUGGAAGCCGUUUCAAUCGUCCCAUUUUUCGCUUCCUCCGGUGCGAAGGCCACAAGUCGAAAAGGACGUGGGACUGGACAUGGCGUUAGUCAAAGACAUGACGAGAGAUGACGUCAAACGAUAUAUGUGCUCGGACGCGAUUCUCGAUCGUUAUCGCACGAUUCUGAAGGAAGCCUCCGCGAAGGACACAAAGGCCAAAGUUGCCUUUAGCCCUGAUUUCGACAACAUGACGUGGCAUUGGGCCCGAGAGGAAUUCUACUCCCCAAUAUUACUUCCUGAGAAAGGGGAGACGAAAGUGAAAGGGGCUUGUGUUCCAAGUCGCAACGUCUUUCUCUCCUGGAACCGUAAAUUCGGCACAGAUUCGGAGCCAGGGACCCUUUUCAUCCUUCGCACUCUGUUUGAGGAACCGACAUCCGCGGCAAAAAGACAUAUCAUAGUCGAUGCUAUUGCCGCCGUGCUGCGUCGCGCUCAAUAUGAGGCGUAUGACUGGAAACUGAGCCAAGUGGAAAUCUGGAACCCGUCGCCGUUGGUAGAGGAAGCUGUUAAGAAACUGGAUGCGAAUGCAGAACUGGUGCACAGGGAAACGAGCAGCAUCACAAGUUUGAAAUGGAACGGCAAGGAAUUAGGCCUCGGAGAUGAAGUGGACUGGAUGUGGAACGAGAAAUACGCUUGGUGUUAG